AUGGACAAGUCCACUGAGAACCCCGGCAAUGACACGGUGUCCACCAAGAGAAACAAAUCCAUCAAGCGCGAUGAGAAGACGUCGACUGAUGGUGGCAUAAAUGUGGGCAUGAUGGUGAAGUUUAGAAAGAGCCUCCGGCUUCCAACACGGAAGAAUCCUCCGUCACCCAGUGAGUACCGUUGGGGUCUUUAUAAAAUCUGCUUUCAAAUGAAGGCUGAGGAGUAUGAUCCCCCUACAGUUGGAGCACAUCCUGCAGGACCCAGCCCCUGCUGUCUCCUUGGAAUGCUGUCGAAGCUCUGUCUGAGGUGGGAGUUGAAGAUCUUGCAGAUGGUUGCCUCUUCCAGGCAUUCCCAGCUCUCCCUCACUAUCCUUGCCCACCUCCUAAUCCAUCUCACAGCCAGGAUGGUAUCAGUGGACAGCUCAACUGGACACUCACCUGUCCACAACCUGAAGAAGGACCUGCAGUGGGUGGUGGAGGAGGUGAAGAACUGCUACCCACCAGAGAUGGACAUCUGUAACUUUUAUGCAAGAGAGUACCAUCAAACUUUCAGCGCAAGACUCAAACAGAUUGCAGACUUUGAUCUGGAUGACAAGGACUUCGGCGUCCUCCUGCAAUGGGUGAAGGAGUUUUAUCCAGAAAUCCUUGAAAAUCCUGAGCUGGCCAGUAAUAUCAAUACUGAAGCGCUGGGAAACCUGUUUCCUGACGAGUUACUGAAAGCUCUGGAGGAGCAGUACCUCAGCAAACAACAGAGCAACCUGAUGAUUUAUAUUGGCCGAGUAUUGGAUGAAGCAAAGAAAGAGUGGGAUCAAGGAAAGGAGCCGACAAGAGAUGAUGGUUGCUACGCCAGUCCUGUGGCCUAUGAUGUCAUCCAGUUUAUCAACGGCAUCGUGACAUCAGCGCACAAAAUUGUAGGAGACCGACACAAGGCCCAGGAAAUAACAUCCAACCUGAAAGACUUCAUGCAGAGGUAUCAAAAAUUUCACAAAGACAUCAUAAGGCAGAACAAACGGCACAGCAAAGCUUUCAUAAAGGCAAACCUCAGCUGUGUCAAACAGCUCAGGGACUUCCUUGUGAAGCACGAACUGUUCCCAGAGGAUGUGAAGAAAAAAUGUUUGCAGGUCCUGACUGAGAUGAAACAGUCUGCCCACACUUAUUUAUUAACUCCUGUGCACAAGAUCCUCAAACCACACUACCAGAAACUGGGAACUAGUGACUGGCUGAAGAAGAAGACGUUUGAGAAGCUGCUGAACAGCACUGAAGACGAGCUUCAAGAACUUCAGGGUUCGAGUCAGUCCUCUUACCAGGAGCUGAUUGGUCAGCUUCACCAGGAAGUGACAGUAGAAUAUGUCCGGAGGCUCCUGAAAGGAGAGGUCAAACUGAAUGACAGCAAUCAGCAGCAGAAGGCUUACGAGACUGUGAAAGAAAAUGCAGAGAAACUGCACGAGCUGUUUGCCAGAAUGGUGAGACUUGAUCUUUAAUGCACACUUUAAC